UAUGUUAUUCACAAACGGUUAACUGUCGCUGGUUUCAAGAUUUACUACAUUUCCCAGAAACCACUGGGGCGUAUACUUAGGCCUUCGUCACAUGCUUUCUCAGCUUCCGGUAGAAGUGUAAAUGGAUACAUGACACAGUUGUUUGGAGGAAAGCGAUCUUCGCGAUAAGCGACGCCUACAGAAAAUAACCUGCCGCGGUGUUUUCAUAUCGUAAACCCUGGUAGCGACCUCUGAAGCUGACCGCCAUGGAAGCGGUCCCCCGAAUGCCGAUGAUCUGGCUGGAUCUUAAAGAGGCUGGGGAGUUCCAGUUCAGCCCGUCCGUGAGGCAGUUCAUCUUGAAAAAUUAUGGAGAAAAUCCAGACAACUAUAAUGAACAGAUGAAGAAACUAGAGACUCUGCGACAGAGUGCAGUAAAUGUGACGAGGGACUUCGAGGGCUGCAGCACCCUGAGGAAGUACUUUGGACAGCUGCAUUACCUGCAGAGCAGAGUUCCCAUGGGACCAGGCCAGGAGGCCGCAGUUCCCAUCUCAUGGACGGAAAUUUUCUCUGGAAAAAACGUCACCCAUGAUGACAUCAGCUACGAACAGGCCUGCAUCCUGUACAAUCUGGGAGCUCUGCACUCCAUGCUGGGAGCCAUGGAUAACAGGGUUUCUGAGGAGGGAAUGAAAGUGUCCUGCACGCACUUCCAGUGCUCGGCGGGGGCCUUCACCUACCUCAGAGACCAUUUCAGCCACAACUUCAGCGUGGACAUGAGUCACCAGAUCCUGAACCUCAACAUCAAUCUCAUGCUGGGCCAGGCUCAGGAAUGUCUUCUGGAGAAGUCCAUGUUGGACAACAGGAAAAGUUUUCUGGUUGCUCGCAUUAGUGCUCAGGUGGUGGAUUACUAUAAAGAGGCCUGCAGGGCUCUGGAGAACUCCGAGACGGCCUCCAUGCUGGGAAAGAUCCAGAAGGACUGGAAGAAACUGGUCCAGAUGAAAAUAUACUACUUUGCUGCUAUUGCACAUCUUCACAUGGGAAAACAGGCUGAAGAGCAGCAGAAGUUUGGAGAACGGCUGGCUUACCUACAGAGCUCUUUGGACAAACUGGGGGAAGCAAUCAAGCUAGCUAAGGGUCAACCAGAUAGCGUGCAGGAAGCCUUGAGAUUUACCAUGGAUGUCAUUGGUGGAAAGUAUAAUUCUGCCAAAAAGGACAAUGACUUCAUCUAUCAUGAGACCGUUCCCUCUCUGGAGACGCUGGCAUCCGUCAAAGGCGCUCCUCUCGUGAAGGCUCUGCCCGUAAACCCCACUGACCCCAGUGUCACUGGGCCGGACCUGUUUGCCAAACUGGUGCCCAUGGCUGCACAUGAAGCCUCGUCUCUGUACAGCGAGGAGAAAGCAAAACUGCUGAGGGACAUCAUGGCCAAGAUUGACAGCAAGAAUGAAACUUUAGAGCAGUUCAUGGACUCUCUGGGACUAGAGCCCGAUUCUGUGGAUAACCUGGAGAUGUACAGCCACAUCCCUCCAGUCCUUAUGGAGAAAUGUGCAGCUCUCAGCGUCCGACCAGACACUGUCAAGAGUCUCAUUCAGUCCAUGCAGGUGCUCUCAGGCGUCUUCACCGAUGUGGAAUCCUCCCUGAAGGAAAUCAAAGAUGUCCUGGAGGCCGAUGAAAGCGGAGAGCACGCUCUGAAGGAGGCAGGAGGCCCCGCCGCAGGCGACAUACACCCCGCCGCACAAGGCCAGGCUCUGGCAGAGAUCCGCAGGGACCUGGAGAAGUACAUGGAGGCCCAUGAGAAGGCCAGCUUUACCAACACUGAGCUUCACCGGGCCAUGAACCUGCACAUCAGCAACCUGCGCCUGCUGGGGGGGCCGCUUGACAGUCUGAGAGAGGCUCUGCCACGGCCGCAGCUCAGCGAAGAGGAGGUGGCAGGACUGCAGACUAUGAAGCGGAUCCUGGCGAAAGUUCAUGAGAUGAGGGAGCAGAGAAACUCUUUGGAAAAACAGCUCCGAGACCUCAUCCAGCAGGACGACAUCACCUCAACGCUGGUCACCACAGAAAGAGGCGACAUGAAGCGCAUAUUUGAGGAGCAGCUGAAGAAGUACGAGCAGGUGAAGGUGUACAUCGACCAGAACCUCGCAGCGCAAGAGAACAUCCUGAAGGCUCUGACCGAGGCGAACGUUCAGUAUGCUUCGGUCCGUAAGCGACUGAGCCAGACAGAGCAGCAGUGGAACGGUACCGUGCAGGGCCUGGUGGGCUCGUAUGAAGCCUACGAAGACCUCAUGAAGAAAUCCCAGGAGGGAAAGGAGUUCUACGAUGACCUGGAAGCCAAAGCUUCACGCCUGUUGGAGAAGGCAAAAGCCCUGUGUCAGACCAGAGCAGAGGAAAGACGACCCAUCAUGGAAAAAGAGAUUCAGAAGAAAGCUCCUGCUCGUCCUACAGCAGCGAAGCCGUCUUUAAAACCCAGAGGAUCCGAUGUUGACUCUUCCUCCUCCAGCAUGGAGGACCCAGAGCUGGCCCAGAUUAAUGCUGCCAUCUUAGCCUUGGGUGGUGACCUUCCCGAGGACCUCCAAAGCCUCCCUUGUGACAUCCCCAACGCAAGAGGUCACCUGCCCGGCCCUGAAGCCUUCAUGCCACCUGCUGACAAGCUUCCUGGCAGCUCCUCCUUACCUUGGCCGGGCGCUGCAGCCGCAACGCUCGCUCACUUCCCCGCCAACCUGCCCCCUCCAGAAGUGUUGGCGCGUAUCGCACAGUUUCCUACAUCAGGGGGGCUGGUACCACAGGGGCCUUUUCCUCAGAUGACCCCGCAGAGGCUUCCUCAAAUGCCCCCCCAGCCUGUCGUGUCCGGGUAUCGGCCCCCGCCCCCUCAAGCUGCUCAACCCGGCCUCGUUGCUCCAGUCCCAGUCCGGCCUGCAAACACCACAGUGGACAGCGGUCACCCCCCUAUCCCAAAAUACACCCCCCCACCACGACUCCCCUCAGCAAGCUACCCACAGAUGGGGGCGUACCCCCAUAUGAUGCCCCAGCAGGGCGUCCCCAUGCAGGCCCCCGCCCAAGUGUCUGCAUCCCAGCAGCAAAAGCAUCUGCCGCAAUUCCCCCAACCCAUGAGGCAGGAGCCCCCGCAGGGGUACCAGCCCGCCCCACGAGCCGUCCCUCCUCAGCCUCAGCACAGCUACCCGCACGGGUAUAUGCCCCCCCAGGCCGGUGUCCCCCCUCAGUACCAGCAGCCUUUCCCGGGUCAUCUUCAGCAAAACGGUUUCCAGCCCCAAAUCCCCCAAAGUUACCCAGCUCCACAAGGCUACGCCCCCCAGCAGCACCCCCAUCUGAUGGCAGGAUCCCUGCAGAGGCCCCCCCAGGUACAGAUGCCACCCCAGGCCACCCACUCAGCGACGCCCACCACCUCCCAGCCGGCCCCAUCCAUACCCCAGCCCUAUCUUUCCCACCUCGGUCAACAGAUGCCCCCUGGACACCCCCACCAGCAGAUGCUGCCCCAGCAGCAGCAAAUGCCCAUGCCCCCCAACCCCCAGCAGAUGCUGCCACACCCCCAGAUGCAGAUCCCGGGUGGACCCAGAGUGCCGAUGCCUCCAGCAACACAGAGCUUUAUCCCCCCCUCUGGUCACCCCAUCCACCCCACCCUGCACCCCCAGCCCCAUAUGGGUGCCGGCCCCCAGAUUAACCUCCCAAGGGGGCCGAUGCCCCAAAUGCAGCACCAUGCCCUGCCCGGUCAGCCCCCCCUCCCAAACAUGCCUCAGCAGCCCAUGCAGAUGCGUAGCCAAUCUCAGCCUCAUUCUGGGGGGGUGAGUUACCCGGGAGGACCUGCCAUGAUGCCUAAGCAGCCACUGACCCCCCAGCCCCCUGUUCCUCAGGCUCCCCACUCUAUGGCCCCGCCUUCAGCCAUGUAUCCAGCAGGGACUAAUCUACCUCCAGUGUCUCCACAACAGCCCCCCGUUUUAGGCCAGCAUGCCCCUCCUGCCGCCCAGCACCUGAUUCAGCCCCCCCCAGGCGGGCCCACAGCAGUGCAGCCAGCCAACCCCGUCCCCCCAUCCCCAUCACCCUCCCCGUCCCCGUCUCCGUCUCCAGGUCCGUCCUCUCUGGGUCUGAUUCCUCAGAGACCCACGCCCACCCCCACACCUGGAAGCAUAGCUCCUCCCACUCUCCCCUCCCCCUCCGCUGCUUCUCCGUCGACAUCGCUGUUCCAGCGGCAGAACUCCAGCACAGACGAUCUCCUUUCUUCAAGCCCAGAAAGCCAAAGCGGGGGCACCAAGGCCGCCACCAACGUCCUACAACCCACCAAAGCUGACCCGCAGGACGGAGAGCGCCGAAAGAAAAGCUCCCAGGGCGUUCUCCUGAUUCAGGGGGAUCCGUACCAGGCCCCCGAGCGGGUGGCGUACCUGCACCACGAACUGGAACGUUACAGAGCUCAGGUAGAGUCCCUGGAGCAGCCCUCGGAGAGCGAAGGGGGGCUGUCGGUGCUCGACGCCCGCUGGAAGGAGCUCCAGGACCAGCAGGAGAAGGAUGCCCGCCAGCUCUCCAUCGCCAUCGCUCGCUGCUACACCAUGAAGAACCGCCAUCAGGACGUCAUGCCUUACGACUUCAACCGGGUCGUGCUGCAGUCCGGCAAAGACGACUACAUCAACGCCAGCUUCGUAGAGGACCUGUCACCGUAUUGUCCACGCCUUAUCGCCACGCAGGCUCCGCUCAGCGGCACGGCGGCCGACUUCUGGCUGAUGGUGUACGAGCAGAAAGUGUCUCUGAUAGUUAUGGUCGUCUCGGAGCCGGAGCUGGAGAAGGGGAAAGUUCUUCGUUACUUCCCGACGGAACGAGGUCAGCAGCUCUCUCAGGGACCAAUCACUCUCAGCCUAACCACACAGAAGACCACGCCCACACACGUGGAGCGCAUGAUCAGCCUGCAGUUUCGUGACCAAAGCCUGAAGCGCACCGUCGUGCAUCUCCAGUUUACUUCCUGGCCUGAGUUGGGUCUUCCUGAAAGCAAAGAGAACCUGCUUCACUUCAUUCAGGAGGUUCAUGGACACUACCUGCACCAGAGGCCCUUACACACCCCUGUUGUCGUGCACUGCAGCUCUGGUGUUGGACGCACCGGCGCCUUCAGCCUCCUGUACGCAGCUCUGCAGGAGCUGGAGGCAGGAAAAGGAAUCCCAGACCUUCCAGUUUUAGUGAAGAAGAUGAGACAGCAGAGGAAGAACAUGCUGCAGGAGAAGCUUCAUCUGAAGUUCUGCUAUGAGGCUGUGUUGAAGCACGCUGAGCAGGUUCUCCAGCGCCAUGGCAUCACUGCUGCCGCCUACAGCAAGAACACCAACUCUGCAGCCGCAAAGCCUUACUCCAGACAAGAGUCUCAGCUGGACCUGGUCCUCGGCGGCGACAUGCCCAUCAGCUCCAUUCAGGCCACCAUCGCCAAGCUCAGCAUCCGGCCCCCCAGCACAGACACCACGGCGGAGGCCGGCGUGGAGGAGGCGGUUCCAGGCCUGGACUCGAUGGGCCACAUCCACGUCCUGCAGGAUCCCUGCCCCCCCACAGACUGCCCGCUUCCCCCCUCCCUCAGCCCGCCUCUCACAUCGCCGACUCAGUCCCCCCCACCACCCAACGGGGUGGAUGCUCUCUCUCCUCCAACUCCACCCAAUCACCAGCCGGUCCCAGAAGCCACGCCCAGCAUCAGCCCGCCUCCUGCCUCCGCUCCAGCUCCUUCAUCUCUGGAGCUGCUGGCCUCCAUGACUCCGGAGGCUUUCUCUCUGGAGGGGGGAGGGAAAGGGAAGCAGCGGGUCACCAAGCAGAGCUUCCUGCAGCCGGCGGAGGGUCAGGGUCUCCACGGGGUCCGGGGCAGCGACGGCGACGACCCUCUCAGCUCUCUGGACCCGCUCUGGAGCCUCGGCAAGCGCUGAGUCGCCGCCGCAAACCGCCUUUCCCCUUUUAACCACCAGGUGUCAGUAAAACCGCUGAUCCUGCUUCUUCAGAAGGAAAAACGUUGAAUCCUAAGAGUGCUGGAGACAUUUUAUUGGUGUUAGUUACCAACAUGUGCCUGUUGGCAGACACGGUGUCACCCUUAAACAAACCCCCCCCCACCAUCAUUCUUCUCAUUCCUGGAGACUUCUGGGACCAGAUCACUAUGCACUCGUCUACACUUUCACUCCUUCUUUGCUGCUUUUUUAUCUUGUGUGCUGGUGGAUGGAAGCACUCCUGCACCUCCAGCUUCAGAUCUGGGCUGCCCACCUCUCCGAAAAAAUUCCCAGCAUGCACUUCUUCUUCUGUUUCCAUAGUCACUUUUAGGCUGUCGGCAGGAACAGUUCCAUCAUUUUGUUAACAAAAGUGAAGAAAAUUAGCUCGUCUUAACAAGUUUAUUUCUUUAAAAAUGUAAAAACCGUCUCUGUGGGAGAGAAUGAUUAUUGUUGUAAAAAUAUGAAAUAAAGUCAGUAGACUGAAAGGCUGUUUUAUUAAAGACUGUUUAUUUGAAAAUUAGUACAAACUUUUUCUCUUUUUUUUGUUUUGUUACAAAAAGGUAAAUAAGUUACCGCACCACUACAGCCUGCUGAGAUUGUGACCCGCCACGAGAAAAGGAGGUUUGGAGUUUUGUGACAAAAGCUGAGAGGAGAUGGCAGGUAAAGUAGAACCUUUACAUCUAAAAAAAAACAACAAAACAGUCAGAUAAAUGAUUGAAACCAGCAGAUGUUUGAGGAAGGAGAGCAGCAACAAUGGAGGAAAGGGGACAAUGUGAUGCUGCAGGUUUAGUUCAGUACGGAACAACAACAUUUACUAUAAACAGUCUGUUGCACCUAAAGGUUUCCAAUUUUUGCAGCAGAGAAAACACAUUUGUUAAAAACAAAAAAAUAUAAGAAAA